ACAAUUGGGUAAUGGUAACUGCCUUCUUAAUGGUACAGCAGCCUUCAUCCCUUCAUCGAUUUCAUUAUUUGAAGAACAGAAAUGGCUUGCCCGUAUUUAGCUAAACUGAUUUUCGAAGAAGAUGAUAACUUAUCAGAAGAUGAACUUUUAAGAAAAAUACGACAAUCUUUGGACAAUAUGGCGCAAACUGCUAAUAAAAAGCAAAACCUUCUACUUCUCUACGAUCGUCCCCUUGAACCCAUUUUCGUUAGUAAAGAAGCUGGUAAAAAGAAAUCUAUUUUCGAUGUUCCGAGUACAUACCUGACUGAACGCUACAAGCCGAUAGGAAUUGAUAUUGCAAAUCGUUUCGGAGAAGAAGCUGACGAAAGGAUCCCAGUAAAGGAAAUUCGUCUUCCUGACCUAGGUCCGAUUUUAGAUCUGAAAAGAGAUGAAAACUUUACUCUUUUCCUUCCUAAACACCGCACACUUGCUGGCAGAUUGAUCGAUAUUUUCCUUGGUAUGCGUACAGUGGAAGAUUUUAUAUCGUGUGCCGUUUACGCAAGAGAUAGGGUGAAUCCCCUAUUAUUCAACUAUGCACUCUCAGUGGCCAUUUUGCAUCGUCCGGAUACCAGAAAUUUGGACGUUCCAAGUUUAAUAACAACAUUCCCAGAAAAAUAUGUAGACAGCAAAGUUUUUACCAAGGCUCGUGAGGAAAUGACCAUAGUGUCCGAAGGAUCUAGGGAGCCGAUAAUAAUCCCAAAAGACUACACUGCUUCAGACUUGGAACAUGAACACAGGGUGGCAUAUUUUAGAGAGGAUAUUGGUCUUAAUUUGCACCAUUGGCAUUGGCACUUGGUCUAUCCAUUUGAGGCAGCUCGUGAAGUCGUUAAUAAGAACAGACGUGGAGAAUUGUUCUACUACAUGCAUCAACAAGUGGUAGCCAGAUACAACAUUGAACGUCUUUGCAACAAAUUGAACCGUGUGGAACGACUGAUUAAAUGGCGUGAACCUAUUCCCGAGGGAUACUUCCCUAAAUUAGACAGCAUUGUUGCGAGCAGAGCUUGGCCAGCUCGUGUGGCCAAUCAGAGACUUAGCAAUCUCAGUAGAGACCAAGACCAAAUCCAUGCUGAUAUCGACACCCUUGAGAGAUGGAGGGACAGGAUCUAUGAAGCUAUCCAUCAGGGAUUUGCUCAGGAUGAUAGGAAUAACAGAAUCGAACUGACCGAAACUGAAGGUAUUGAUAUACUUGGAAAUAUAGUUGAGUCAAGUAUACUUUCCCCCAACCGGGACUACUAUGGGGAUCUUCAUAAUAUGGGUCACAUCUUUUUAUCGUUCAUCCACGACCCCGACCAUCGUAACUUGGAACCUGCUGGUGUCAUGGGUGACAGUGCCACAGCAAUGAGGGAUCCCGUUUUCUACAGAUGGCAUGCAUUCGUUGACGAUAUGUUCCAGGAACACAAGGCGACUCUGCCCAGAUAUUCCGUUCAGCAGUUGACUUUUGAUGGGGUUACUGUGAGUGAUGUAUCUGUAAGCAGCCAGAAUUCGACUCCUAACGUGUUGAAUACGUUCUGGCAACAAUCUGACGUUGACCUGUCUCGUGGUAUGGAUUUCCAACCUAGAGGAUCAGUUUUCGCCAGAUUUACUCAUCUUCAACAUCAACCGUUCAGAUACACCGUAACGGUCGACAACAAUGGGGCCCAAAGGCAAGGCACUUGUAGAAUUUUCCUUGCUCCCAAGUUUGAUGAAAGGGGUAACCCAUGGCUAUUCAGGGAUCAAAAAGGACUCUUCAUUGAAUUGGACAGAUUUGUAGUCAACUUACGACAAGGAAAGAAUACAAUUACUCGCAAUUCUACCGAGUCAUCAGUUACCAUACCAUUCGAGAGAACCUUCAGGAAUUUAGACUGGGAUAGACCUGCUGACCAGGCUUCAUUGGAACAAUUCAAUUUCUGUGGAUGCGGAUGGCCCCAACACCUUCUUAUCCCCAAAGGAACCACCGAUGGAUAUGCCUGUGAACUUUUUGUAAUGAUUUCCAACUACCAAGAUGACAGGGUGGCUCAAGACAUUUCCGGAGUAUGCAAUGAUGCCAUGAGCUAUUGUGGUAUCAAGGAUCGUCUUUAUCCAGAUCGAAAAUCGAUGGGUUUUCCAUUCGAUAGAAUGCCUCGUGAUGGGGUUGACACUUUAAGGAAGUUCUUGACACCUAACAUGAGGGUACAGGACGUUCAAAUACGUUUUCAGGACCGUACACUUCGACCACGAGCAAAGAAUUAAUGGUUUAAAAUUUGAAAUGGUACAUUAAUAUUAUACGACCUCUGGCAAUGGAUAUGACAACGAGAAGACUUCAUUUAAAUAUUAUAUUAUUUUUUUCGUUCUAUUGUAAUUCAAAUUCAGGAAUGAUAAUAAAAUAAUUUUUAAAUGUUAA